UUCAAGAAAAACGUAUACCGGCUUCCGAUACCGGGCGGUUACUACCACGCCGCUAUAGCUACGCGACUGAUUUACGGGUUUAAUAUAGAGGUUAGCGAGACUUUUUUAGUUGAUAUUAGUGGUAGACGGGGCUAUGAUAUUACUACUUUUAUAGAUCGGGAGCCUAUUAUUACGAGUGUUUUAGAAUGUAAUAAAGGGAGGGUAUUUGAGGUACUAGCUUAUGAUUUCUUUACGCCGGAGCUAGUGAAGGGAGUAUUUAUAUUCUAUUUUGAUGGUAUACAUAUUUUGGAGAAUCUAGUGCCUACUUUGGUUAAGGGGUAUUCACAGGUGCUGUUUAACGAGAUUGUGAUUAGUGAGGAUAAGCCGACGCUGGCGGCGACGAGUAUGGAUAUGAUAAUGCUGGCGCAUUUCUCAGUGAGGGAGAGGACGGAGGCUGAGUAG